AUGGGCGACGUUCCACAACUGAUAAAAAUCGGAAUUUCUUUGAAAAUCCAACCCAGCAACGGUCCGGUAUUUUUCAAAGUGGACGGGUCGAGGUUCGGUCAGAACAGGACGAUAAAACUGCUGACGGGAUCAAAGUACCACAUUGAAGUAGUCGUCAAACCAGGGGCUGUUGAGGCCACCACGAUGACAAUUGGCGGAGUGAACUUCCCGUUGGAGCAGCAGUCCAAAGACCCCCAAUCCGUGGUUUACAGUGGACUUUAUAACACAGAGGGAGUCGUGCACACCAAAAGCGGGGAAAGGCAACCUGUUCAAGUCACUAUCCAGUUCACAGCAGCAGGGCUCUUUGAGACCGUCUGGCAGGUGAAAUACUACAACUACCACAAGAGGGACCACUGCCAGUGGGGGAACAGCUUCUCCAGCAUCGAGUACGAGUGCAAACCCAACGAGACCAGGAGUCUGAUGUGGAUCAACAAGGAGAUGUUCGUCUGA